AUGGGCAAGAAAAACAAGUCGAAGAAGGAGGGGAAGGGAGAUAAAAAGAAAAACCAAAAGAAUGACAACUCUCUACCUGAGAGCAAGAAAAAUGUCAUCGAGGACCCCUCGCCUGUUCUAAACGAACAAAAGGAGGAGGACACUCCUCCCCAAGAUACAGAAACCCCUUCUACUCCUGAGGUAGUAGACUUACCACCAUCAACAGAAACUGCCGACGCCAACCUUGAACAAGUCCAAGGCGACGCCGCGGAUCAACUGCAGUCAUCUGAAGAUUGGAGCGUGGUUGCUCCCCAUCAACCACACGUCGAGGACUACGAAUCUACGUUGUUGAUGCCAGAUGAGAAGCAUUCACCCGCCCAAUCAGUGAGUGGGAAAGAACCACAGCCCUUGCUUGUGCCUAACUCCGAAGCGGCCGAAGAUACCUUUGAAGACGCUCAAGCAGAACCGGCUCAGCCAGACAUAGCUGGAGACUUUGAUGACUCUUGGGAAAAGGAUUUCCCCGAGGAGCCUGAACACGUUGUUCCGUCGGAUGAAGUAGCAGAACAAAUUCCAGAAACAACAGAAGCAGCACCAGAAGCAGCAGAACCAGCUCCCGAGCCAACAGAACCAGCACCUGAAGCAGCCAAACCAACAUCUGAAGAAACAGAACAAACCCCGGAAACAACAGAACAAGCUUCCGAAGAACAGCCAGCACCAGAAGGAGCAGAUAAAGCUUCAGAAGAAGCCGCAGAACCUGCGCCCGAAGCAGCAGAACCAACACCGGAAGCAACAGAAGAAGUAACAGAACCAGCACCGGAGCCAACGGAACCAACGGAACCAACACUGGAAGGAACGGAACAAGCUCCAGAAGAAGCAACAGAACAAGCUCCGGAAGCAACAGAACCUUCAGACGAAGCAGCAGAACAAAAACUGGAAACAACGGAACCAUCUCCGGAGGCCACAGAACAAACGCCGGAGGAGGCACCGGAAAAAAUCGACGAAGAUAUCCCAGCAGAGAUCCCAGCAGAGGCUGCUGCAGAGCCAACGGAGCAAACUCCAGAAGAGACCCCGGAGCCUGAAACCAAAGUUUCUGCUGAAGAACCUGCAGAAGACGACUGGGGUCACGAAGCAUUCGAAGAGCCGGCUGAAGUAGCCGAUCCGACUGAAUCAACAGAAAACAAAGGCAUGCCCGAAGGUCAACAACAGGAGGAGAAAGAGGUGGAUUCCUGGGAAGACCGUGAAGAGCCUGAGCAGUUUCAAGACCUUCCAGAAGAGACUGAUAGAGAGCUCCCGGCAGAAACUACAGCAGAAACUACGGCAGAAAUUCCAGCAGAGACUAGUCAAGAGCCCCCAGCAUUGACUCCAGAAGAUACUCCAGCGGAUACUCAGACAGAGGCUGGUCAAGAACUUCCGGCAGAGGCAGCAGAGACAGCAGAAGUCAAGCACGACCACCCGGAGGACGAUAAAGAGGCCCCAGCAGAAACAGAGCCGGAGCCAACGGAGGAUAAUCCCGUCACACACUCAAUUGCGAGUCCGACACCCCGUGCGCCUGCGCCUGCACCCUUACCAUCGCCCGUCCCGAGUCAGCCACGUUCAGUGCAUUCUCCAGCACCAGCACCACCGGCUGAUCAUCCUCUCUCUCGCCGCGGCUCACCUCUUGCAUAUCACACCUCGCCAUCCUACAAAUACGCUAGCCCUCAGAUGCAAGCAUACAAUCCUUACAUGAUUGGUAUGCCUGGCCCUCCACCAAUGCACCCCGGAAGUGUAGCAUCACCCUCUGCCAGUUUCGCCACAGCCUAUCACUCUCCGACAAUGGAGCAUACACCAAUGGCAUCUCCGCAUAUGUACCCCCGACGUGGAAGCGCAUAUCCAAACGGCGCAAGAGACUAUUCCAACGGUUAUUACAAUGGCAGGAUGGAUCGCACCUUGUCUGGCGGCAGUGGCCAUAGUUAUCGGAUGGACAGAACAAAUAGUCAGCAUGCAGAAGAGGACCCUGGUCAUGAGCACCACCAUCUCUUAGGUCGUAUCGAAAAGGCCAUGCCCGACAUUACACGUUUGCUGGAUAGCUUCAAAGAGACCCGAAACAAGCUCCAAGCCAGCGAGGCUGAGUCACGGCAGUUACAGGCUCAACACGAACAAGCCAUCAUGCACAAGGACUUCUACAUCGAAGCACUCCAGGGCCAAAUGAAGAAAGCUGCAACAGAGACUGCAGAAGAAUACUCCAAGUUCAAGGAUGUCAUCAGUGGGCUCCGUAUGGAGCUUGGAAAUCAGCAGGAGAAAGCCAAGGAUCUGAAAGAGUAUCUCGACGCGUCUCGAAAGCAGAAUGAGGAACUCGAAACCCUCAAGUCAGAGCUCGAGAGCGAAAUCCAGACUCUUCAAAAAAAGAUUGAGGAGCUGCAGAUAGAGCAUGAGAGAGCUUUGGAAGAGGCGAAAGAGCAUGAAAGAUCCGAGCUGGCCACGCAAAAAGAAGAACUGACAAAUUUGUUUGAGGAGAUCAGAGCUGAAGAUGAGGCUGCCGCCAACGAGCGCUACAACGAGCGCGAAAAGGAGCUUCUCGAUGAACAGGCAGCUCUGAAGUCUGAAUGGGAGGAGAAACAGCGUGGAAUGGAGGAGGCACAUGACAACAUGCGAGCGGAACACGAAACGGCAAUCAACGACAAACAUGCCGAGCUUCAGAAAACCCUCUCCGAUUUGGAGACUGCAAAGAGCGAUUUGCAAGCGGUCAGCGAUUCCCUUGUGCACAAGUCCGAGGACUUGGAGAACAAGGAGAGGGAGCUAGAUGCAACGAAGGAGGAGCUUGAAGCCAAGUUGAUAGAGAUCAAGCAAGCACAAGACGACCUCCACAACAAACAGGAUGAACUACACGCUACUCAGGCCGAACUACAGACAACACUUGAUGAAUUGGAGUCUAGAAAAUCCGAACUUGACAACAAGCAUAAAGAGUUGGAGGAAGCCCAUAAGCAGCAUUCCGAGGAGAAGGAAGAACUUAUAGGAUCCCACUCUGCGGCCCUCGAUACCAUGCGCGAUGGGCACUCAACAGAGCUCAACACGCUACGUGAUACACAUUCCAAUGAGAUCGAUAACCUUCGCAGUACUCACGAGACAGCCUCGAAGGAAAUGGAGGAGCGCUUCGACAAGCUUUCGAGGGACUACAAUGAGAAGGAAAAGACAUGGGCAGCCGAAAAGUCAACCCUCCAGAGACAUCUCAACGAAAAGUUGGAUGAAAUAGCCAGCAUGGAAAGGGAGAGAGAGUCCCUGGAGCGCGACGACAUGAUGCGUGAAAGGCAGCUCCAAUCCGCCGUUGACGAAAUGCGCCGAACCAUCGACAACAUGGAGAAUGACCGCGAGAAACUGAGAAAGACGUUGACAAGCCUAGGCGAAGCAACAGACCUGAAAACUUCGAAGGGUGAUCAAUUUUUCGUGGACUCAUUCAACCAACUUUGCCAACUGAUUGUCGACUUAUCCAAGGAACACUUCUCUUACCUCCCCAUCGACCCGCCAAAGGACAUUCUAGAGAAGAUCCCUCCCGAUAUGCCGUCUUUUUUAGACAAUACGACAGCUUCGCGUGAGCUCCGAUCAGCCUACAUCCAGCACGUCAUCUCCAAAACAUUGACCUACCGCAUAUUCCAACCCUUCCUAUUCACGCUCGGACGCCGCUACGACAAAGCCGAUACAUUCUUCCAGGUCUUGUCCAUGGACAUCCGUCGCAAAUCCGUUCGUCGGGAAGCGUUCUGGAGACAGCAAACUCUCAAAGCCGCAUACACUACAUCCGACGCGAAGCAGUCUAUCAAUGUAGUCGCAGCUGUGAUCGUGGACGAAAUCGUCGACCAUAUCAAGCAUUUCGCAGAUCCGAAACAGCUCGACGCUCUGCUCGGCGGUGUCAGACGCAUUGUCAAGCUUGCCGCGGAGACCUGGCGUCAUGCCCGCGUCGAGCGUGAGCUUGUGCUUGCCACUAUGCCAGCGCCAGAGUCUGGAGGCGAUGUCAAUGACGGCUGGGACGAGUAUACAUGCGGCAGGGCCGUUGAAGGGGUCAAUGGCAACAGCGGCAGCGGUAGCAGCAGCAAUGAGUCCGGUCGCCAUGUGCUUCUCCGAGUCUUCCCCCGGAUUUACAGGGAGGCUGCCCAUGAGGACUUUGCGGAUGACAAAGAGAAGAUGAAUGCCUGCAUUUACUACCCCGGCACCAUCUUAUACUCGAAUUCUCCCUCCGUGAUCGCUCGUAGAGAGGAGCAGGGCCAAAAGUCGAAUGGUGAGACAGUCCGUUCGUCGACUCCUUGA